UCGACCGAAGAAAGCACAUCAGAGACUUGCUUGAUCAAAAUAGGUACUAAUAAAAAGUGAAAGCUGAGAUUCUUUUCAGACAAAGUUAGACUUCCGAGACAUUCGAAGUUUCGAACAAGAGAGUAUGCUCAUUACCAAACCUUUCAUUAGAGACCUAUCUCACUUCCAUUCUCUACUCAAAUCUUGUAUUCAUGGUGAUAUCUCUUCUUCUUCUCCGAUCACUAUCUUCCGUGACUUACUCCGUUCAUCUCUUAUACCAAACCAUCUCACCAUGUCUAUCUUUCUCCAAUCCUCUACUGCCUCUUUAUCACCUCAUCAUCACACCUCUCUUGAUUCUUUCAAGUUACAAGUCACACAAGUACAAACCCAUCUCGCAAAAUCAGGUCUUGAUCGGUUUGUUUACGUGAAAACAUCUCUUCUUGACUUGCACUUAAAAAUGGGUUAUGUGACGAGCGCACGAGUGUUGUUCGACGAAAUGUCUGAGAGAGAUACCGUUGUUUGGAAUGCGUUGAUUUGUGGGUACUCGCGAAAUGGUUAUGAAUCUGAUGCUUGGAAGCUCUUUAUUGUAAUGCUUCAGCAAGGCUUUGCUCCUUCUGCUACUACACUUGGGAAUUUGCUGCCUUUUUGUGGACAAUGUGGGUUUGUUUCACAAGGGAGGUCUGUUCAUGGUGUUGCUGCAAAGUCUGGUCUUGAACUAGAUUCUCAGGUGAAAAAUGCGUUAAUUUCUUUUUAUUCAAAGUGUUCAGAGUUGGAAUCAGCAGAAGUAUUGUUUAGAGAUAUGAGAGACAAAAGCACAGUUUCUUGGAACACAAUGAUUGGUGCUUAUAGCCAGAGUGGGUUACAGGACAAGGCCAUCUCUGUUUUCAAGAACAUGGUUGAGAAGAACGUGGAGAUUAGUCCAGUCACUAUCAUCAGUCUUCUUUCAGCUCAUGUUAGUCACGAGCCAUUACAUUGUCUUGUUGUUAAACGUGGAAUGGUGAACGAUAACUCUGUGAUUACUUCUUUGGUUUGUGCAUAUUCAAGGUGUUGGGAUUCGGAUUCAGCAGAGUGUCUUUACGCGUCUGCUAACCAAGAUAGUAUUGUUGGUCUAACUUCGAUUGUUUCAAGCUAUGCUGAGAAAGGAGAUAUGGACAGAGCGGUUGUUUACUUUUCUAAAAUGUGUCAGCUGUGUAUGAAAAUUGAUGCUGUAGCUUUGGUUGGAAUUCUCCAUGGAUGUACAAACUCUUCCCAUAUCGAUAUAGGGAUGUCGUUACAUGGUUACGCGAUCAAAAGCGGAUUGUGCACAAAAACACUGGUUGUGAAUGGACUGAUAACUAUGUAUUCUAAGUUUGAUGAUGUGGAGACUUUCAUGUUUUUAUUUCAGCAACUGCAUGAGACUCCUCUUAUUAGCUGGAACUCAGUGAUAUCUGGGUGUGUUCAGUCUGGUAGAGCAAGGACAGCAUUUGAGGUGUUCCAUCAGAUGAAGUUAAGUGGCGAACCUUUGCCGGAUGCCAUUACGAUAGCGAGUUUGCUUGCUGGCUGUUCCCAGCUCUGUAACUUGCAUUUGGGGAAGGAACUUCAUAGUUAUACUCUUAGGAACAAUAUUGAAAAUGAGAACUUUGUUUGCACUGCUCUUAUAGACAUGUAUGCUAAAUGUGGGGAUGCAGAAUUAGCAGAAAGUGUGUUCAAGAGCAUAAAAGCUCCAUGCACAGCAACAUGGAACUCAAUGAUAUCAGGAUACAGCUUAUCGGGGUUACAAAAGCGAGCUCUUUCCUGUUACUUGGAAAUGCGAGAGAAGGGGUUGAAACCUGACAAGAUCACCUUUUUGGGGGUUCUGUCUGCAUGUGCCCAUGGCGGCUUUGUCGAUGAAGGAAAAACAUGUUUCAGAGCAAUGAUCAAAGAGUUUGGAAUAUCGCCAAGCUUACAGCAUUAUGCUCUUAUAGUUGGUUUGUUGGGUAGAGCAUGUUUGUUUACUGAGGCAUUGUAUUUAAUCUGGGAGAUAAAUAUAAAGCCUGAUUCUGCAGUAUGGGGUGCUUUGCUUAGCGCGUGCAUUGUUCACAGAGAGUUAGAGGUUGGGGAGUAUGUAGCUAAGAAAAUGUUUAUGUUGGAUUACAGGAAUGGAGGGCUAUACGUAUUGAUGUCAAACUUAUAUGCAGCAGAAGCAAUGUGGGACGACGUAGUUAGAGUCAGGCAGAUGAUGAAAGAUAAUGGAUACGAUGGUUAUAUGGGAGUUAGCCAAAUAUAAUAAUUUCAACCUGUGAGACAAUGGAACAUGUUACUGAUAUGUGACGUUCAUGCCUCAGUAUGUGUGCCUGAUAGCGUGGCGACGGUGAGGAGAAUUAACUGUAGAGCUCGAACAGAAAUAUUUGUUACUCAAGCUUCAGUCAUAAAGGUUUCUUAGAAUCAUUGAUAAAGCCUUAAAGAAUUUAUUAUAGAUCAACAAAAGAAAGUAGUUGUGGUUGAUUUUUAAUUGACUUCUUGCGGGAGCUGCAAAUACAUAGACAUGCAGGGCUUCUCAGAGCUAUUCUUUGGAAUUGGUGACCAAGAUGCUCCAGUUAGUUUCCUGAAGCAUAAUGUACACAGGUCACUUUGAGGAUGGUUGCAUUCGUGUGUAAUUUUGACUGCCAUAUUUCUGAAACCAGACUCUCUCUCCUGUGACACUUAUGGGCUGGGAGUUUCUUGAGUUGUCAUGAAUUUUCUUUGUCAAUCUUUAAGUUAUCUUAAAAGGUGUUCAUGUAAUAUCUUUCAAAUAGCCAGACCAAAGUGGAUUGUUCUGUGUACUAAUUGGUUUAUAUCUCUACGUCUGAUAUCUCCAUAUGAUGCAAUUAAUGGAUCCACAACUUUAAGGACUCAAGACCUAACUAUGAAUCCCACUGCUGCAUCUAUCUUCAGCCAAACCAUCUCUCUUCAUCGUCUCUUCUUUAGCCUUGCGACAAAACAC